GCUCCCUGCUGGGGUAUUUAUAAGGCACUUUGCACCUCCCUGAUCCAGCAAAUGGAGCGUGGAGGGUGCUCAGCCCCUGCUCCUGGUGGGGAAAUGAUACCUGGUGGGGUGGGAGCAGGAAGGGUGGAGCUGUGGGAUGCAUUGGGGUCCCCAGAGCCCCCCCACUCCCCGCACUAAACCAGCUGGUUAAAUGCUUGGGCACCUUGGGGUGAGGAAGAUGACAAGAAGCAUCCUCAGUGCCAGAGCAUCUCUCCCUGCAGCUGGUACCAUCACCGUGCCCCACCACGUCCCAAACCCAGCAUCUCCCCGUCUGUGGGGUGAGACGGGGGCUUUGCCACCCCCGGCCAUGGGGACACUCCUACCCUGUCCCCUCCUCCUGCCUGACCCUUGCGAGGUGGGAUCCUCCUGAUCCUCCUUCCCGCUCCGGAGCCGGCUGCCUCCCGGGGCAGGCCCGGCCCCUCUUCGCAUGGGCUCUCCCCACCUUUAAAGGCUGCCCCUUGGUGCAUCUCCCAGCACCAGGUUGGGAGCGGGAGGGCGCUGGCAGCUCGAUGGAGCCCACCCUUGACCGUGGGCAGCCCUGCCCUGCCCGCAGCCGCUUCUCCCACUAGUGCUGCCGCAGGGAGAUGCGAACCAGGGACUAACCCGGGGCCGGGCCGCUGAUGGGGUUUGGACGAAGGGGACAGGAUGGAUCUGGAUGCCCCCGAGGUGUAGGACGCCCCGGGGCCGGAGGAGGAGAGGACCCGGCUUCAGCUGCCUGCCCCAUGCUCCAUCCCUUCUGCUGCUCCGCUGGUGCCCGGCUCUCACCAGGCUCUGCCCUCGGCCGCCGGAGGAAGGAGGGGACCGGCUGCGCCCUGGGGAUGCGCCGGCUGGGAGGGAGGCUUUGAGGCUUGCAGACAGCGUUUCAUGCCGUGCCCGGGGGGCUUCGAGGAGCACCAUGCAGCCCAUCAGCCUGCAGAACCUCUCCAUAUGUUUCCAGCUCCUCAUGUUCUCCUGUCAGACGCAGGGGGAGAACCAACCGUCUCCUAAUUUUAACCAGUACGUGAGGGACCAGGGGGCCGUGAGCGACCAGCUGAGCCGGCGCCAGGUCAGGGAGUACCAGCUCUACAGCCGGACCAGCGGCAAGCACGUCCAGGUCACCGGCAAGCGCAUCACUGCCACCGCCGAGGACGGCAACAAGUUUGCCAAGCUCAUUGUGGAGACAGACACCUUCGGGAGCCGCGUCCGCAUCAAGGGGGCGGAGAGCGAGAAGUACAUCUGCAUGAGCAAGCGGGGCAAGCUCAUUGGGAAACCUAAUGGCAAAAGCAAGGACUGCAUCUUCACAGAGAUCGUGCUGGAGAACAACUACACGGCGUUCCAGAAUGCGCGCUACGAGGGCUGGUACAUGGCCUUCACGCGCCGGGGCCGGCCCCGCAAGGCCUCCCGCAGCCGGCAGAACCAGCGGGAGGCUCAUUUCAUCAAGCGCCUGUACCGGGGGCAGUUGCCCUUCCCCAACACCGAGCGGCAGAAGCAGUUCGAGUUCGUGGGCUCGUCCUCCCCGACGCGCCGCUCCCGCCGCACCCGUGCCCCCCGCGCCCGCACGUGAAGCCCUGGCCCCACGUCCCCCUCCUCGCCCUCACAGACCCCGGUUCUCCCCCACUCUUCCAAAGGUGCUCUAUUUUCAUACUGCUCUUGGAAUAGGUUGGUGGUGGCUGCAGCCCCGCACUGGGGUCCCCUCAUCCCUAGAGCAUCCCGUGGUACCCACGUUCACCACCCAGUGCCUUUGCCCACGUCCCUUGGCGACCCCUCAGAGACUCAUCCCCAUGCCACCAAGGGUUAGGACCACUGGACAUGUUCCUGUGCCCCAUGGACCCAGCGGUUUCUGUGCCACGUAUGGAUGGGGCCACGAGACUACAGUGAUGGAAAUCCCAUCUUUAUCCCUGGGGUCAGCAGGAUGCUGUGCCCAUCACUGCGAGGGGUGGUAGGGCCUGGCGAUGGGGAGGUGAUGGUCUGUCUGUCUGUUUAUGCGGCUCUGACGGGGAGGCAGGGGGUGCCUGGGCAUGCAGAGCCCAAGGCCAGCACUUGUUCCCCGUGGCCAUGGGGUCUCUGCAUUAUUUAUUGGAGGGGAAGGUCUGUGCCCUCUCCAGAGGCACUGGGAUGCUGGCGGCGUGGCGCCGUGCAUGGUGCCCACCAGGCUCCACUGGCCAAAGAGGAACCACCUUUAGGCUAUUUUUAUUUUUAUUUUUGAUGGAUGUUGUGUGGUUUUGAGUUCUGCUGUUUCCUUUUACAAGUCAGUUUUAGGCCUAAACCAUUAGACUUUGGAGGUGAUUUGUGUAAAGGAGGAAACCCUGAGGCAAAUAAAAGAGUGUUUAGACUGA